UAAUGGCCAUUUUUAUACUUUUACAUUAGAAUUGUUUUGUACCCACUUUUGUGUUAAAUAAAUGGUGACUGUGCCUUGUUUGUUUAUCUUUUGUGCCUUUGCUCAGUUUUUCUCUACUGUGUGUCUUUUUCCAGCGCCUGAGCUGAACGAGGAGACAUUGCCCACAUUGCUGCUCAUAUCCAAACUCAUGAAGGUUAACCUGGAUAAGCUUUACAUCCUGACAGUGAAUCAUGUGUUCAAGAACAAGCUGAUGCCUUUGCUGCUGGACCAGAUGAAGCACUCUCAGGGCCAUGGCCCCAGCAAAGACACAAACACUGUGAUACAGAACAUAUUUAAAGACGCUCUCUGCAUUCAGAACCUGGAACUGGCUGCAGCCACCAUGCACAAAAUCUCUCAGGAUCUUCCUGCAGGUCGGUCCAGUGGCUCCGAAAUCCCUCGUAUGAGAACUUCCUUACAUUUACUUGCUUACUAACUUCACGGCACUGUAACUAUAGUGAAAAUGGAUAAUGAUCGUAUACUCUUGUUUUAUUUUUUUUAACCUGGUUUAAUGCGCUUAACUAGCUAACUAACUCGCAAUACUUUUAUCAAAUUACUUUAGCUACCACUUUUUAGCCUAGUCAGUGAGUUUUCUGCGCUAAACAUAGGACUGAGCAACACGCUGGAAAUUUUAUUUACCCUGUGGUCUAGCUAACGAAC